CUUGUCUUUUCUGCUGCUAUCCAGUUGUUGUCAGCGUUUGGAUACGGAGUGGCGAUCGACUGCGAGAAAACCAUUGGUGGGAGAAUUGAACAGCUAUGGCUACAGACUCUCCCCGCCGCCCCAGCAGAUGUACAGGUGGAAUAAUGGUCCGACAUCAGGCAGUCACGGAGCAAUCAUAUAUGGAGAGUGUUGUCACCUUUCUGCAAGAUGUAGUCCCACAGGCAUACACUGGCUCAUCUCCAACGGAUGAGAAGGAAAAAAUAGUCUGGGUCCGUUUCGAAAAAGCUGAUAUUAAUGAUCUUGCAAGGAAUCCAGAGUAUCAUGAAAUGAACAAUGCUGUAAAUGACCCCCCAUUGCUGCUACUCAUUGGAUACGCAGAUGGCAUGCAAAUUUGGAGUAUUCCUAUGAGUGGCGAGGCUCAGGAGUUGUAUUCUGUCCGGAAUGGUCCUAUUCGAACAGCCCGUAUCCUGCCUGCACCUCAGACAGGUCUUCACAAAAUUGAUAAUUUUGCUGAGAAAAGGCCACUCCUUGGUGUGUGCAAAAGUACAGGAUCAGCAGGCCCACCAUACUGCUGUGUGGAUCUGUACUCACUUCGAAAUGGUGAAAUGGUCAAGUCCAUCCAGUUUAAAACCCCCAUCUAUGAAUUGCAUUGUAACAAAAGGGUUUUGGUAGUUGUGUUACAGGAAAAGAUUGCUACCUUCGACAGCUGUACUUUCACCAAAAAAUUCUUCGUCACAAGUUGCUUUCCAUGUCCAGGGCCAAACCCCAACCCAAUAGCAUUGGGAAGCCGCUGGCUCGCCUAUGCUGAAAACAAGCUCAUCCAUUGCCAUCGGUCCCGUGGUGGUGCCUGUGGGGACAAUGUCCAGUCUUACACUGCAACAGUCAUCAGUGCUGCCAAAACACUCAAAACAGGACUGACCAUGUUUGGGGAAGCAGUUGGACGGCUGGCUGGCAGCCUACCUUCGGGGCCGGUUGAGGAUGAGAUUUCGACGCAUAGCACAUCCCGACGUAGCCCACACAUUCCUGGAGUUGUAACAAUCAUUGAUACUGAGACAGUUGGGGAAGGACAGGUACUUGUCAGUGAGGAUGCUGAAGGAGAAGGCAUAGUGGCUCAUUUCCUGGCCCAUGAUAAUAAACCCAUUUCCUGUAUGGCAUUUAACCCCAGUGGAAUGCUGCUGGUUACUACUGACACACAAGGCCAUGACUUUCAUGUAUUUCGAAUCUUGACACAUCCAUGUUCAUCCUCACAGAGUGCCGUGCAUCAUUUAUACACUUUACAUCGUGGAGAGACAGAGGCUAAGGUGCAAGAUAUCUGCUUCAGCCAGGACUGUCGCUGGGUAGUAAUUAGCACGCUCCGGGGCACCUCGCAUGUGUUUCCAGUAAAUCCUUAUGGCGGACAGCCCUCUGUCAGAACGCACAUGUCUCCUCGUGUGGUAAAUCGCAUGAGUCGAUUUCAGAAGAGUGCCGGGCUGGAAGAUAUAGAACAGGAGCUGUCAACCAAACAGGGUGGGCGCUGCAGUCCAGUGGCUGGUCUCUCAAGCAGCCCUUCUGGGUCACCACUUCACAACAAACUGAGCAACCAGGACAGUUACAACAGCUUCACAAACAACAACCUAGGAAAUCCACGGCUCUCACCAAUCCCAACUCUGACGAUUGUCUUGCCCCUGGCGCAGAUCAAACAACCAAUGACACUGGGAACCAUCACGAAGCGUACAGGUAAAAGCAAGUCCAGAUCAGCCCCACAGAUUUCUCCGAGCAAGGCUGCUGGUGGAGAAUUUUGUGUUGCUGCCACUUUUUCUUCAUCACGAUCCUGGUUAAUAGCCAAUCCUGGCCUAAAGCGGGAGAAAGAUCAAUCAAAACAGUCGGUAGUGGAUUCCCUGUUCAUUAUUAGCUGCUACGGCAACCUUGUGGAACACAUAAUCGAGCCACGUCCUGUCAACACUGUGCAGAAGAUCAAUGAUGAUACUCAGCUGGAAUUGUUAACAUCUCCCCGAGCCAGCUGGUCUCUGGCCAGGACUCCACAGUGGAAUGAACUCCAACCACCAUUCAAUGCAAACCAUCCAUUGCUGCUUAGUGCCGAUGCUGUCCAACACUGUCAGAAUCAACUGGCUGGGUUGGUUUCAUCUGUCAGUCCUGCACCAAGUUUUAUACGCCAUGAGUCUUAUGACAGCCUGGGAUCAGACAACAGUGGUCAAGAAGAUGAGGAGUGGUUGUCACAGGUUGAGAUCGUGACACACACAGGACCCCACAGGCGCCUAUGGAUGGGUCCACAGUUUCAGUUUAAGACGAUUCAUCCUUCAGGACAAACAACAGUUAUUUCUUCCAGUUCCUCAGUACUUCAGUCACAGGGACCCAGUGACACCCCACAGCCACUUAUGGACUUUGAUACUGAUGACUUAGAACUCAAUAGCCUGAGGAUCCAGCCAGUCCGCUCAGAACCUGUUAGCAUGCCAGGAUCAUCAAGGGUAAUUGCUGACCGAAGAACUCUUUCAACAGUGAUUGAUGCUGGAUCAGGAACAUUUGACCGCAGUGUGACACUAUUGGAAGUGUGUGGCAGUUGGCCAGAGAGUUUUGGACUGCGUCAUAUGUCUUCUAUCGAUAAUACAGAUGAAGGUCUCCGUGAACGUCUGGCAGAUGCCAUGUCUGAAUCACCUAGCAGGGACAUUGUAGGUUCAGGAACAGAGCUCCAGCGAGAAGGAAGUAUCGAGACCCUUAGCAACAGUUCCGGUUCCACCAGCGGAAGCAUCCCGCGCAACUUUGAGGGCUACCGCUCACCACUGCCCACCAAUGAAAACCAGCCACUCAGCCUCUUCCCAACAACUUUCAACUAAGCAUGCCCCCCCCCCCCCCCCCCCCGCCGCGAUCACUUCAGCCACCACCUCCAUUAACUUCGGAGCCUGUACCCCUCGCGUAGAUCAACAGAGUGGAACGUGAGACUUGAACUCUCUCUGCCCCUCCAGUAACGGCUAGACUGAAAGAAUGUCAUCUGAACAGUGAUGGGGGGAAGGGGGAAGAGGUGAUGGCUUUCCCCUGUAGCUUCCAGUUUGUGCUGAUUUGUUUAACUUGCAAGUCCCCUUUGGGUUUUCUAAUUCUCCAGAGCUGGCAAAUCCCCUUGAUUUCCCACCAGUUUCAGACACUGACAAACGGAAGGGCUCAAAGCUGCUGUAUCAAGGCUGUACUGACAUUUAUAUAAUUUCUUGCUUGUUUCCAUUUAACAGUUUAAACAUGUUGCAAAGUGGCAACCUUUGUAUUUCUAAGAUUAGAGAGAGCCAUGUUGUGUGUGUGGUUUUGCUUUAUUGCCUUAAAUUGACACAGUUCAGUUUUAUUAGAAACCUGCUGUUAUCUAAAGAGUUCUUGUCCUUUCAAUGGAUUCCUGUGAAAGGAAUUCCAUCAUAUUAGACAGCACAGGGAAUAAUCUGUCCUCUGAUUCCCUUAACUUUCCGAGUGCUGCUGAUCUCCUUAUUGUAGUGGGAUGGUGGCGUGCAGAAGAGGUUAAGGAAGUGAAAUGGUUAGUGUGAGUAUACUUGAAACAGCAAGAAUCACAGGAGUAAACUGUAGGCGUCUUUGAACUUAGUUCGAGACUCUGAGGCCUCUGUGGUCCCCAGUUCCAAAUUCCAGAGGGAAAAAAAUUGAAAAGGAACUGUGAGGAUGCAGUUUGCUAGUGAGACAUCAGUGCAAAGGCUCACAAGAAUCCCUUUAUGCAUGUGCUGCUGUUAAUGGGCAUUGUUUUCUCUACCCAGUUUUGUCCCUCUUGAAUUGCUGAUACAUUCUAUCCUGCAGGAUCCAUAGACAUAUCAAUCCUCAGGUAUUUAUUCCAUGUUACCAGGUUUCGUGAUAAUUUGGCUCUAGAGAAGAAUUGACUCCGUCCCUCAAUUAGGAGGUGAGGUCUGCAGAUGCUGGAGAUCAGAGUCGAGGAGUGUGGCACUGGAAAAGCACAGCCGGUCAGGCAGCAUCCGUGGAGCAGAAGAAUCAAUGUCCUGAUGAAGGGCUUAUGCCUGAGACAUCGAUCCUCCAACACUUUGGAUGCUGCCUGACCGGCUGUGCUUUUCCAUCACCACACUCUUGACUCCCUCCCUUAAUUGAUGACCACACAAAGCUUCUUUCUUGCAGAGUCAGAGAAGAGUAAUCAGGUGGAAGAACUUGGCUUUUUAUUUUCUACCUGUGCUUAUAUGGAGCAGAUGUUGACUGUGGCCAUCCCAGACUGGGAAUUGAGGUAGGAGCCUCCCACCUCUGUUGCAUCCUACAUCUGGCCCAUCAAGCAUUUAUUUAAAAAAAUAAAUUGGAAGUUACUCAGGGAAUUAACAAACCUGCAGUAAAAAUAAGAGGCGUGUUUGUAGGUAUUUGUGUUAUUCUGUUGAUAUUAAUUUUUUCUGUGUAAAAUAAGUGGCAAAAAAUCUUUUUCUCUUCCACUAUACCUUUCUCAAGCUGGAAGGUUGUCAGUACCUCUUGACAAUGCUUCAGAGUGCUGUGUAAAGAGCUUUGGCUUGAGUGGUCAGGGAGAGUUAUACUCCAGUUUGUCUCCUUCCCUCCUCUUUCCUUAGUCAAUCCCAAGUGAACUCUCAGAUAGUAGCAUGUUACGAAUCCUACAAACAAAUCCAUCUCCUUCCAAGCUCUGGAAUUACACCCAGAUACACUUGCAUUAUUCAGCAAGGUUACAGCAAAUGGCAUUGGAAUUCAGUUGUGCUGUGAAUCUACGGCUGUUGUGUUUCCAGCUUGAAAAUUUUGUUUUAAAUUCAUAAUACUUGGUUGAAAGAAAAGUAGGACAGCUCCAACAUUUUUGUAUUCAUUUAUAGGAAGUGGGAAUCACCAGCAAGGCCAGGAGAAGGUGGGAGUAAGCUGUCGUCUUGAACCACUGUAGUUCAUGUGGUGUAGUUACACCCACAGUGCUCUUGGGAAGUUGAUUUAAAUAAUUUUUGUACUUUCCUGCCAAUGAGUUCAAUGUUAUGAGUCGGGGUCCCAAGCCCGAGCCUUCCUAACAAGGUUGCAGGGUCUGAGAAGACAUUUCCCUAUUUAACAACAGUGCAUUCAUGAAGGUAAUGGGAUUUUGCCAUCUCCCAGAUUGCAGGUUGUGAUGGUAAAAGUGUGGGCGAUUGACUGGAGCCUUUGUGCAUCAGUCACUGAAAGUCUGUCUGAGUCCAAGGCCACCAGUAUAAUCAGCAGCCAUUGGUUUUCUCAUUUGGACUGAGCUGCUCCCUCAAGAACAGGCUGAGCAACCACAACACACAGACCACAAACAGCAACACAGUGAUUUGAUGAAUGAAUCAUCUCUGAACAUGUUGUCCGUGUGAGGACAUUGAGAUUGUUAAAUUUUGGGAAUUUUGCUGCUUUUGGAAAUUUUUUUUGGCUAGAUUUCUUCCUUUUCUGAAAAUGUGAAUAUCAUUGGAGUACAGGUUCCACAGAGACGAAUUGUUACUGCGGUGUACAUUUCAUGGACCCUGACUUUCACUGAAAUACACAGUCCAAAGACACUGACUCUCACUAGCAUAUGGAUCCCAGACACACUGAAUCUCACAGGGGUAUGGAUUACACACACACUGACUCUCAGUAGGGUACAAGUUCCACAGAUACUAACUCUCACUAGGGUACGAAUUGCAGAGUGAUAGAGUUUUUACAGCACAAUAACAUGUUAUUUGGCAUGUCCGCACCACUGAUCUGACACCUAUCCACUCUGCUCUAUUUUCUACCAUUUGGCUCAUAGCCUUGUGUGCUGUGGUGUUUCUGGGUGAAAAAUGUUAUGUUAAAUCCCUUCUAAAUCUCCUGCCCCUUACCUUAACUUAUGUUUCCUUGUUAUUUCACCUCUACCAAGGGGAAAAGUUUCUUCCUAUCUACCCAAUUUAUGCCCUUCAUAACUUUGUAUACCUCAGUAAGAUCUUCUCCAUCUUUUUUGCUUCAAGGAACACAACUCCAGCCUAUCUCGUUCUCUUCAAAGCUGAAAUUUUCCAGACUGGCCAACGUCCUGAUGAGUCUCAAUUACACCCUCUCUUGAGCAAUCACAUCCUUCCUGGUGAACAGAACUGCACACAAUACUCCAGCUAUGGUCUAACUAAUGAUUUCUACAGCUCCAUCAUAACCUCACUGCACUUGUAUUCAAUUCCUUGACACAAAAGCAUGAAUCCCAAAUGCCUUUGUAACAAUCUUUCACCUGUCUUAUUGUCUUCAAGGAUGUGUCAGCAUGUGCAUGAAGGUCUCUCUGAUUCUCAGUACUUCCUAGGGUCCUGUCAUUCAUCAUGUACUCCCUUGUCUAGUUAGUCCUUCCAAAAUGCAUUACCUCACACUUUUCAGAAUCAAAUUUCAUUUGCCACUGUCCUAUCCCCAGACACUCCCCUCAUUAGGGUGAGAAUUCCACACACUGACUCUCACUGAGGUAUGGGGUCAACACACACUAACUCUCAGUGGGGUAUGGAUUCCAUUGACAUUGAUUGUCACUGGUGUAUUGGUACAGGUUUAAAACACACUUUCUCUGGUGUAGAGCUUACAAGGACAGUUAGUUUCAACUUUCAAUCACAUAAAAGUCUAUGGAUAUUGAAUCUCACUGGAGUAUAUGGAUUCUUACUAGGGUUUUGGUUCAUUAGACACUCUGACUCUCUCACUGGGAUACAAUUUCAUAGACAAUGGCUUACACUUGCUGUCCUUGUGGCAUGGUUCCACAGAAACUGAAUUUCAUUAGAGUACAGCUUCCAAAGACAUUGAUCUUCUCUGAAAUGUAGUUUCCACAAACACUAACUCUCACUGGGUAUGGGUUCCACAGAUACUGACUGUAACUGAGAUUGCAGAGCAUGUUGAGUGAGGCAAUGGGAAUUACCUCUGAUUGGGUCAGGAGUCCAAGAGCAUUAACUGUGACUCCCAGUUAAUGUUAAACUGGCCUUCAUUGAACCUGACAGAGGGUUCCAUGUGUAUUGAUUGGCACUGGCCUAUUGAAUUCAUUUGUGCUGAUUCUCAUUGGGAUCUAGUGUGAAUAGAUUCUGAUUGCUGCUGAGGUGCUGGGCUCCCUUAGCACUAUUUCUUGGAUGUGGGCUCCUUAGGAACUGAUACAUGCUGGGGUAUGAUUUGGCAGGCAGUAACACUGGCACGUGGGCUUCACUGGGAUAUGGGUUCAAUGAACAUUCUUGAUAUGUGACCAUGCAGCUGGAUAUUUUAACUUUAAGAGGUGCUCAGUAUACUUGCAUCCUUAGGCAAAGUAAAUCAGGACCAGAUAAUCCUUCCACCUCACUCUAGUACAUGAUUACCAAAGCCAGUUGUAAUUGCCAGGACAUUGUUUGAGGUGAAUAGUUAGCAUAGGUCAGCGAUUAAUCCUGGUACUCCCAUCAGAUAUGGACAGUGUCAGCUUUCCUGGGCCGUUUACUCACGGAACUAUUCAUCAUUGCAUUUACCUUGUUUUAUCGCACCCUAGGAUGUAGUACAAAAAUGAAAUAAUGCAGAUAUUUGAAAUGUACCUCACCCUGUACCUUGCUUCACCUCAUGAAAUGAUCCUAUGAAACCAAAUUAAAACUACAAACACCCUUUUAUAUGUAAAACCAAAUUGGAUACCUUCCCCCUCCAGUUCCUACCUUGAGUAUCUGCCAGGUUAAAAGUUUCAGUCUGUUAAAAUUGCUAUCAGUCAUUUUCCAGACUCCACACAGAUGGAUAAUUCCUGUUUCUCUACCCCUGAUUUAACAAAGUGGAGGUAGGCAGUGUUUUGGGGGAUUGGGCAGUAGUGGGGAGCAGUGGUUAUAGUGGGAGUUUUUCUUUCAAAGUCUGAUUGCAAUAACUGUGUGAUGUUUGUUCUUGGCUAGUUCUUUACAUCAUCUAUAUCAUGAUCACAUCUGUCUGGCUGGGCAGGGUUAGAGGAGUACUGUGGUAAUCUGGACUAACAUCCAGUCAUUCAGUUCCCUAGUUCAGAAAUUCCAGAGUUAAAAAUCACACAACACUAGGUUAUAGUCCAACAGGUUUAUUUGGAAGUACUAGCGUUUUGGAGUGCUUCUUCUUCAUCAGGUAACUAGUGGGGCAG